AAGCCUGCCCUCUUCCCCUUGUGCUUUCAGUUAUCUUCCCAGUAGAGAUGAUGUAGUUUAUGGAGUUCCUCUAACAGAGCACUCUUCAAGUGCUUUCAGUAUGUGUAAAUACUUAGUGAUUUGAGAACAGGCCAUAGUCAACUGUAGUAAUGGAGAGAAUGGAGCCAUCCGGGUGGAAGAAGUCAAGAGAAGAUGAAAAGAAUCACCAAAGAAUCAAGCAAAGGCCUAAAGAUAAAGCGAAAGCUAAGAAAACUUCGCAGGAAGAAGCCGAGAAGCUACAGAAGUUGAUCUCUGUUAUGAAAAGCCAAGGCUGGAAUCCCAAGGAGCAAAGUGUGCGGCGGCUGCUGUGUGCUGAUCCCUGCUGCCCAGUCUGCAAUGCUGUGGCUCUGGAGAUCCACCAUUUGUUGGAGUGUGGGAACAAACAGGUCCCCCCAACUCAUUCAGUGCCAUCACAGGGCUCUUCUCACCUGGAGAUGGUCUCUACCUCCAGUGCAUCUUUUGAUCAGAGUCGGGAUCUAUAUUCUGAACACUCUGGACAGAGUUCAAUGCCACCUGACCCCACACGGUCACGGAUAGUGGAUCAGAAGUGUUUAACCAAGUCAGUUUCCAGAUUAACUGGGACAGUUAGCAAUCAAGAUCACUGUGUCGAACACUGCAAGCAUGGGAAGGGAUUUCAAGUUCCAGAUGUGUCUCGGGAUGCAGGGGCACUGUCUUCUUCAAGUCUGGAUGAACCAGGAGUCUCUGCGAAGAAGCAGGAGAGGAAGAACAGAGUCACCACUGUUCUGGAGAAAAAAGAAGCUCCAGAAGUUGACUUGGAAAACAAGAUGACUCUCUUUUCACACUGGAUUAACCCUGAAGUCAAAGGGCACAAGCACGAGGAACCCACUUCCCCUUUUAAGAUUGAGACAACCAAAACCAAGACCAAAAGGGUGGAGAAGAGUCCUGUCUUCACUAAAAAGCUUCUGAAGGGAUCUAACUUGGAGAAGACAACAGUGUGCCGUGAGAGCCAGCAUCCCCAUGCUAAGAAGGAGGGGCUGAGACCUGAUGCCCCAGCUGCCCACAAAAUCAGCUUCAGUAACUUUCCUUUAAGAUCUGUCCAUCCUGUCACCUGUAUCAUUCCCAAUGAUGCUCCAAAAUCUGUCCCCAACUGAUGUGUGCCAACCUGUCAGGAAAUCUUUCCCAGGCCUCCACUCUCACUCAGCACAAGACCCUGGUUUACAUAAGGAGACUUCUUGUUCUAAGUAGAAUGAGCUUGUAGGUUCACACGCCUUUGUAUCCCCCAGCAAAAGGCUGUCAUCCCCAUUUCUGCUCACAUGCAGGUGAGGCGGGGCAUUCUCCAAAUAUACUCUCUACUGUAAGCAGGCA